AUGUCACAACACUUUAUUCCACCAUUGUAUUACAAAACCAUAACGAACUUUGGACUAGUUGAAGAACGACUCUAUAGAUCUGGCCAGCCAAACGAACUCAACUUUCCGUUUUUAGAAAAGCUUGGUUUAAAAACUGUUAUUUUCUUGGCACCUGAAGAACCUAAUCAGCGCUUUCUCAAUUUUAUCGACGAUCAAGAGAUCAACUUUUUCCAUCUUGGAUUCAACUCAACAGCCAAUGCAUGGGAUCCUAUUUCAGAGGAAGUUGUAUUGGAGAGUUUAGAGCAUAUGCUGGAUCCACGAAAUUAUCCAGUCAUGGUGAUGUGUAAUCUUGGAAGGCAUAGAACAGGAACUGUUGUUGGAUGUCUUCGUAAACUCCAAAAAUGGAACUUGGCUUCUAUAUUCGAGGAAUACCGGAGAUAUGCUGGGCCAAAAGUACGCAUACUUUCAGAGCAAUUUAUUGAGCUGUUUGAUACAGAUUUGGUACGAGUACCAUUAAACCACCCGAAAUGGCUAUACUGA